AUGGGUCGCGGUCGGCCUCGCAUCUACAAGACGGCUGAAGAUAAAGCCAAAGCCAAUCGCGCCAAGAGUUUACGCAGCUAUUAUAAACGGAAGGCAGCACUGGCGCCUAGCCACCAAAACAGCAAUGCCCGUUAUCGUGCCGAGAUCUCGAAAACUUCGGUACUGCCAGGUGCGACAGUGGACAAGAAAAAGACAUCAGGCGACCCUACAAAUAUCAAGGGCUGGGUGUCCCUCGGGGCCGACAUGGCAGAGCGUUUCGACUCAUUCAUCAAAGCUACACCACGACGCUACUUUGAUUUACUCUACAAGCAGUAUACUAACAACUAUUGA